AUGUGUGAUUUUUUUUUUUCUUAUGCAAGAGUUUUUCCAGGGUGGUUCUGGAGAAGUAAGAUUGCUGGGUCCAAUGCUAUCAGCAUCUUCUACAUUGUAUUAGAUUCCGUAGCACGGCGGUGCCAUCAGCACCAUGAGGCCACCAGUUUGUACCUUCCUCCCCUCUCCCAGGUGGGCUUCAUCGACUAUAUCGUGCACCCGCUGUGGGAGACGUGGGCUGACCUGGUCCACCCAGAUGCCCAGGAGAUUCUAGACACACUGAAGGAGAACCGGGACUGGUACUACAGUGCCAUUCGGCAGAGCCCUUCACCACCGCCUGAGGGAGAGCCUGGGGGCCCAGGCCACCCCCCACCACCGGAUAAGUUCCAGUUUAAGCUGACCCUGGAGGAAGAAGAGGAGGAGGAGGUGUCUACCACCCCAGGUGCAUCGGGAGCGCAGGAACUGUCCACAGCCCAGGAUGCAUCCACGGGGGUGGAGGUAGAGGAAAUGGGUUUGACGCAGCAAGCAGACGCGGCAGACCGUACGACCACGGGCCAGGACAAGGCCAUGUCCCCAGAUGCACCUGUUGGUGCCGCAGGCUGCGGCAGCCCCCCGGCCCUGUCUCCUGAGAACCCCCCUCUGCCUGCCUUGAGGACCCUGCCCCUCUAGAGGAGACCCCAGGCCUCCUGGGCCUCCCCUCCAUGGCGGCCGAGGCGGGGGCCCAAAAAGAGCACCGGGCUGCCAAAGGGUGUGCUGUGCCUGCCCAGGGACAUGCGGCAAGGACCCACCCACGCUCCCAGCUCCUGGUGGAUGGGGGUCGGCUAGAGGCCCCACCUGAGCCCCAGCCCCUACUCCCUGCUGCCCUCCCUGCCUUCCUUGAUCACCCUCACCCCCCAGCCACCUCCUCCACUGCCUCAAAGACUCUUGGGCCUCCUGAGAAAAAAGAAAACAGAAAAGUGGGGUUUUUUCUCUUUUCUUUUUUGCCCCUUUCCCUCCAUCCCCACCCACAGGGCCUCUUUUUGGAGGUGGGGGCUGGGGAACAAGGGGCAGAGGUCCUGGAAGGGAUUUUAUUUUUUGAAUUUUAAUUGUUACAUUUUUAGAAAAAGAAAAAGAAAAAAAAAAACCAUCAGGAUGAAACACAGCAACUGUAGACGCUCCUGUUCCUGGCUGCCCCCGUCUGUCUCCAGCCCGGGCUCGAGGCUCAGUCUUCCGGCCUCCCGGGGCCCUUCACCUGGGCCCCAGCAGGCACAGCGUCUCCCUCCAGGGUUUUCUUCUGGAUUUUGGAGCAUCUCUGGAACUCAGCCAGGAACAGCCAUUCUGGACUGCACCAGGGGUGCGGGGUGGGGGUGCCACUGUGGGAGGCCCCAGCUCCAGCCCCAGCCUGGCUUGCCGCAGCCUCCCCAGUCUUCCGACUCAUUUUGCACAAACCUGGCAAUACUAGGGGGAUGGGCACGGGGGCCUGUGUGCCGCAGGAGGCAGCGAGGGGCUGUUGGGGGCACACUCACACCACCAGCCCGGGGUCUGAGGUUUGAAGAGGGCCCGAUACCCUCUCUGCUUGCCACCCCCUUCUCCUUCUACUUUGGGUUUUCUUGGUCUGCAGGGGACGGCUCCCAGCCCCUCUCCUUCUAGCUGCUUCUCCUCUUGUUUCUGCCUUAGGCUUUCCAAGGCCACAGGAGUGGGGUUGCAGUGGCUCCCACCUGCACCUUGGGUAGGGUGGGGCCAGGCCCAGAGCCCCCAUCCUGGGCACCCCCGGCAUCCUCCUGCCCGCCUCCCUGACACUUUGCUCUAGGAGGAAGCAAUAAUAGUGUACCCCCACACCCCCCUUUUGUGGGCAGCCCAUCCCCACCCUGGUACCAAGUCAUUGCUCCUUUGCCCCAACCUGGCCAAGCCUCACCCUCCGCGCCUAGCCAGUCCCUGUGCAAUACGACAGACAAGCCAUGGGGGACUGUUUGGAAGGAGACAUCCCCACUUCCCCCUCUGCUAUGCCCCGUGGCCCGGGUCUGCAGCCGGGCAGAGCAGGGCCUCUCUCUCCCACUCCCUCCCCGAGCACACGGUACUGUAGCUCCCUGCUCCCCUGAGCCUCCCAUCUGUCUGUCCGUUCCAGGGGGAGUCCCACCCGCUCCCACCCCCAUGACGCUGUACAGGGUUCAUUUUCGUAGCAGACGUAUUUCCUGUCCCAGCCGGCCACUGGAGUGGGCCUUGGUUUUUUCUUUUCUUUUCUUUUCUUUUUUUUGCACAUACUGUAAGGUUGGUUUGUAAAUUAUUC